CCCUCUGUGGAAUAUGUCAGCACUGGGAAAAUCCUUCGUAGGCCUUUCAGGUAUAUUACUCCUGACGGCCGGCUACAUUUACAUUUUCAAGAGCUGCUGGCAACCUCUCUGUACAAAGCCCUUUGUGAAGAUUGGCGAUCGCUGCUAUUUCUUUUCCUCCAACAAGGCGCCCUCCUAUGAGUACUAUAAAAUGGUCUAUAAGAAUCGCGCUUUCAGCGUUCCCGUAAUAAUGGAUUGGAUGCACGCAAACUUCGGAUGUGAGACGAUUGAUGCCCAGGCUCGGCUGGUGACUGUUCGCAGUUUCCACGAAAUGAGACUUAUUUCCGACUUUAUGCGAUAUGGGGCCCACGUCCAAACACACUCUACUUUCUGGAGUGGCGGGCAUCGGGGAAGGCUUUCCGAUCCCAAAGACGUCGAUCAUAGAACUUUGAGCGAUUUCUAUUGGCACCAAGACGCUUACCCCAUGAACUUUACCAAUUUUGUGGCCACAAAGCCGCUCAACCGGAAGUUUGAGAAUGGUUUUUGUGUCUAUCUAGAGUUCACCGGGGAGGAACUGGUAAUGGGCGUGGAAAAAUGCGAUAAGAAAAUUGCAUUUGUCUGCGAACUGAACUGAUUGAGAAUAAUAAUACUAUUUAUUUUUUAGAGUUAAUUUAAAAUUAAUUAUAUAAAUUGAAGGUGGGAUUUUCGAUUUUGGGUUCUUAGUUUUUAGGGACCUAUUGCAGUUUGAAUUAGAUAAUUUUGUAAACAAAACUAUUUUCAAAAUAGCACAUGCAACUGAUACGUGUGGUUUUCUUUGUUUACACUUGCUCAAAGUACUGCUUGCCCACUUAUAGAUUGUAUUAUUGUGUUAGUAACAACGUAUUUAUAAAAGCGUUUUUAUCGUUAUAUAUUACUUUAGCACUACAUAGAACAAUACAAUACUUGUUUAGUUUUGCAGAUAGUGUUCAUUGUAAAACGUGUACUUACUGAUUGUCUUGAUAUCAGAUAGUACCCGAUUGCCUAAGUCAUUCAACCUUCACAAUUGAUAAUGUGCAAUCAAAUUUACGACGUUCUAGCCCAAGUAGGUACUUAAUUUAAUAAUUCAACAUUUCGCCACGGCCCCCUCCCUGACAUCGUGAAAGUGUCUGCAGUUUUUGGCGUGUUAAACAAAUAAAUUUCGACUAAACGCUUUUAAACAGUCGCAGACAAUGCGUCGUCGGGUCGUGUGGAGGUUGAAGGCGCAGGUGGUCGAGGGGAAGGAAGGAAGGAAGUGAGGGGAUCCCCGGGCCGGAAGUGACGACAGCACAGCAGCAAUGGCUGCUGCCAGCCAACAGCAAAAUGGCAACAUUCUGCCCAGGACGGCUAUGGCUGCGGCAAUUAACUCAAAUUGAUAAUGACAACGGAAAAGUUGUAGGCAACCUGAAGUGUCGCCAACUGUGGGUGUGAGGGUGGGCGGCGCCCGAUUUGGGGCGGGGCAAUUGGUGACGUGAUUUCAUUUAGAGUGCAUCCAAAACGGCGACACAUUUCGACACGUCCUUUGACAACGCCCUUUGGCGCAAUUAAAACGAAAUAAUUUUCGACAAGUUUGGUUUGCUUCGACUUGGCCUUUUUGCUUGCCCCCAACUUGGCUUGCUCAUCGACCCGAGGCACGUAGAUUGAGUCUGUCAUAUGGCUGGCAAUCCACUGCUCUCCCGAGGCUCCUUAUGAGGAGGCUAAGCGAACACUGAAAAAAAGUGUCUUGUUUGAGUGAAAAUAAUUGUUUUGCUUUAAGCGUAGCUUAACAUUCAAGAAUAGCCACGUAGGGUUUUAAUAUUAUAAGCUCAUCCAUAACAAAUUUUAAAAUUGAUAAGAAAUGUUACUUGUUUGUAAUAAAUUAUAUUAAAUUAACAUCAUUUCUUGGUAAGAAAA